AUGUAUGGUCAGAAUGAUGGAAAUGCCGUCCCUGAUCACGACUAUCCGUCCGAAGAAGGAUGGCCUGUCGGAUUUGUUCCAGUGCCUAUUCACACCGUUGAAAAUCACAUUGACUAUGUUUUGAAUCCUGGUGCUGACUGUGAACGCCAAGGCCAACUAUGGGAAAUGGCAAAGACUUCUCCGGAAGUGAACGCGUUCAUGAAUCGACCUGAUGUUGUUGCAUUACUAAAAAAAUUAAGUGAAGUUACUGGAAUCAAUGUUACCAUCGACAAUCUAUGGAUAAUAGGGGACCCAUUACUGGUUGAAGUAGGUUAA